AUGCCGGUUUCUGAAUACAAAGUAUGCAUUUUUGGCUCCGGUGGUGUAGGAAAAUCAUGUUUGACGAUGCAAUUUGUUCAAGGCAUUUUUUUACCAAAAUAUGAUCCAACGAUUGAAGACGUCUAUAAAAAAACAGUUGAAAUUGAUGAAAAACAGUAUUCAUUAGAAAUACUCGAUACCGCAGGAACUGAAGAAUUUUCUGCUAUGAGAGACUUGUACGUUAAAAAUGGACAAGGUUUUGUUCUUGUCUAUUCAAUAACAUCUCAAGCAACAUUUAAUGAUAUUCAAGGAUAUUAUGAUCGAAUAAUGCGUGUUAAAGAUACAGAACUUCAUGGUAUACCACCACUUAUACUUAUAGGAAAUAAAAGUGACUUAGAAGAUGAGCGAGUUGUUGGUCGUGAAGUUGGUCAAGCAUUAGCAAGAAAAUGGAAAUGUACUUUUCUUGAAACAUCUGCUAAAGAUCAUGGAAAUGUUAAUCAAAUCUUUUUUGAUCUUGUUCGACAAAUCAAUCGAUUACCAAAUAGUGAUUUGAGUCGUUCACAAUCACGACGUUCUUCAGUGGAAAACAUAGGUUCUAAAGUAGCACGACAACCAACCAAUGCAUCAUCGAAACAACGAUCACAUACGCAUAAGCAUUUUAGUAUACACCGAAAAGACAAAUGUGUUCUUCUCUAA